AUGAGUGAUCCCAGUAGUGAAGAGGCUAGGGAGCGACUUCUGGUUGAGAGCCUCUUGAAACUGACGGGCGAGCACAGCGUGACACACCAUGAACCCCUUAAGCCAGUAGUGAUGCAGCCCGUCGAGUCCCGGACUUUUCCAGUUCGGAGCUCUACGGACCGCCUGAGCUACGUCAUCCGGCGUUAUGAUGACGGGGUCCAUGGGCGUAAUACUCGCACACUGACUCGGGACAAACUAACAUUUGUCCCAGCAAAUGCCAUCUUGACGGUGCGCACUAUCCUUGGCCUGUUGUUGCCUGACCUGAAGCAUAUCAGUCUGCCGAUGAGGGCCAUAGCCUUUGCGAUACGUUCUUCAAUUCUUAUUCUCCAGGCUGGGAUAGCGCUACUUUGUCCAGUAGCGCGUCCAGUCGUGGAAAGUUUGGCGCCUAUAAUGCGCCUAUAA